ACUUCUCCCCGUACGCCAUAUUGAGUUUGAGAGGGGAAGAUGAUAGGACGAGCGGCUGGACUGCUGUCGUCUUGCAGGGGAACACAAUGAGAACUUAGCAAAGCUGUCUUUCCGGAAUAUGAAAGGGACAACGUAGAGAUUCUGAUUUUGUCAGUGUUAAAAGUGUUGACUCGAUUGUGAGCCGCCUGCUUGACAGGAUAUUUCUGUUUGGUGUUCUCCCUCCUCCCCCCUCCCCGCUUCUGCCUCUCUUUAACUUGCGGUGGAAGCAAGUUUGUGCCCGGCUCUGCUCCGUUUACAGUUCGGGCAAUCCGCACAUUUUUACGUUUAAUGACGAGCCUUCCCGCGGGCAUCUCUCGCUUCUUGCUCAGCCUUCCUCGUAUUUUUCCUGUGAAUCGGGAAGACAGAACUGGUGGUUGGUUCUGAGUUUCUGUUUGUUUAUUUUUCCCUUCCUUUUUGGAUUGAAUUCCGUCCCUUGCGCCGGGGGAGUUUGGAGACUGAACAGAUUGAUCUGCGAAUAUUCCAGGCAGUCGUCGUCUCAUAAACGGAUACUAUUAAAAAUGUCAAGCUGUAUACCGGCGGACAUGAUUAACUUACGACUCAUUUUGGUGAGUGGAAAAACAAAAGAAUUUCUGUUUUCACCCAAUGAUUCAGCAGCAGACAUUGCCAAACAUGUGUAUGAAAAUUGGCCAAUGGAUUGGGAAGAUGAAUUGGUCAGCAGUCCAAGCAUCCUUAGGCUUAUCUACCAAGGAAGAUUUCUACAUGGAAAUGUGACUCUGGGAGCAUUAAAGCUUCCUCUUGGUAAAACUACUGUGAUGCAUUUGGUCGCAAGAGAGACAUUGCCAGAGCCAAAUUCCCAGGGUCAAAGGAACCGUGAAAAGACUGGAGAGAGCAAUUGUUGUGUGAUUCUGUAAAUACUUUGACUAAUUGCUAACCGUGAUGUAAUAUAGUUCUUGUCAUUCAUGCUGCUGGUAUAGAAAAGAAGUAACGUUGCUUCAAAGACCUUUUAUAAAAACAAAUCUGAUUGGUCAUGAAAACAAUAUUAAAAACUGGAGCAUUACUGUUUAGGUUAUUUUAAAUCUGUUUUCUGUGGUGUUCAUUUUUUAAUUUUGUACGGUAGUAAUGCCGUCUGUAGUUUCUGUAUUUAUUUAUAUAGGUAUAUACAGAUAAAAUUACACAGAAGAAUUUCCACACCACUGAAUCCAUUCAGUUCUCACUGUACUUAAUAGAAAUGGAAGGUAUAUAUCAUGGCUUUUUUAAAAGUUCUUUUUUGAAAGUCCAGGCACUUCCUGGAGAAAGUUUAUACUGUUGACUGCAGUGUCAAUGUUGCUUUGUUUAACCAGAUGAUGAAGCCAGAUUUACUGAAAGAUUAAAUUACAUGAAAGACUUGGUAGAUGAUUGUGAAGUGAUUUUUGUUCUUCUAAUCCUCAGUGAUCGCUUGCAAGUUCCAUACCCAUUAAAGUCCAAGUAUGUCUGCUGCUCAAAGUAAAGUGGACAUACCUGUAUUUUGAUGAGAGCUUGUAGAUUUAAUUUCAAAGAUUCUUUCUCUUUAUAUACUGUUUUAAUGCGGCAAUACCUGCAUCAGCUUAAUUUGUUGUACCAAGUAAAUCUUGCAGCAUACACCAGUGCAUUGAGUGCAUUUGUAGCCUUAAUGAGAGAGGGAAAAGCUUUUUUGAAGCAUCUUUCUCACUGCUGUGUACAGUUACUGUAUUUGUAGUAAAGUCUCAUUAAUCAUCUUGCCUUUUUUUUUAAUCUUAUAACCUUACUGUCGACUACUCGCUUAUUUUUAACCCAUUACAAAUUUGAAAUCUAAUGGGAGAAAGUCACUCAUUAAGCAUUAGCACAUGUUCUUUCUCUGUAAUACAAUAAACUAUUUUAGUACUUUUAAUAUUUUGCUUUUCUGUAUUUAGUGCUUGCAAUGAUACAAAAGAUAGGGAAAUUUAAAUUAUCAAAGGACCUAAUUUGUGAAAGUUGGUCUUCCCUUCCCUUUUGUAUAAAUUACAAAUGAUAUGCUAAUUAAAACCUAGAGAAUUUUGCACAGCACUGGAGCAUGAGCUACUUUCAUCUGAACCUGUAAAAAAAAAAUAAAGUUUUUAUAUUUUUCAGUGGGAGGAGUUUCUUCCCAGCUGAAUUACAGAUAUGUAGAAUAUAUUUAAUAAGAAUCUUAUACAGUACAUGAGUAUAGAACUUAUUAACAAGUAUAGAUUUGCUUGUAGUAUAAUAGAAUAUACCAUGUAAGUAACAUUGGCAACUUUAAAAAGUCACAGGUUGACAUUGUGUUCUGUAUCUAAUAAAAGCAUCUGCUCAGAUUGAACUCAAUGGUAUAUGUCAUAGUUAGGUAGACAUAAUGUUUUUUCAUUUACCUGUGUUAAUUGCUUUUAAAAUGCUUUACAUGCUGUAGUUCUACAAAAUAUUGUUCAUAUUGAUCAGGAUCAAAUUUGUAUAGAGCUGAGUUUUGCAAUGAUUGUAAAUAUCACUGAACAUUUUCUUUCUGCAACCUGUACU